AGUAGCAGUAUACAUAAGUUUGUGUCCGAACCUGGAUUUGUUUUAUUUCCUACUGAUUUAAGGAGCUCAUAUUUAAAAACUUCGUCAAACGGUUAUACACGUGGACUUAUAUAUUAAAACCAUCUAUAAUUAGUUUUAAGUGGACUCAUACAUGAAAAAAUUCAAUAAUAAGCUGGGGUCAUUAAUUGUUGCUAUCAAACGAAAUGAGCGGCGCCGAACGUUUGAAGCAAGUUGCUUGUGCCGCGAUUGACGCGGCGCAGGAACAGCUCGGGGAUGUCAGCAGGGAAAUUUGGUGUAAACCAGAACUCGCCUUUAAGGAAAAGCAUGCGCACAAGAUUCUCACUGACUUCCUAGAUGAACAUGGGUUUCAGACGGAGCGUUCGUACAAGCUGGAGACGGCGUUCAAAGCGACGUACGGCUCACGAGCCGACGGCCCGAACGUGUCCUUUAUCAGCGAGUAUGACGCACUACCGGAAAUAGGACACGCAUGCGGACACAAUUUGAUAGCGGAAGUUGGCGUUGGAGCGGGACUGGGCCUAAUGGCUGCCAUGAAAGUCGCAGGCAAGCCUCUUGGACAGGUGACGGUAUUGGGAACGCCGGCGGAAGAGGGUCCGGGUGGAAAGAUUCAUUUGAUAGAAGCUGGCGCUUUUACAGACGUGGAUGUCGCGAUGAUGGCGCACCCGUUUCCCGAUAACGACUUCCGUCCGGUUGCCUUAGCGAGGCUGAGCUUAGAUGUGGUGUACACGGGUAGGGCGUCUCACGCGGCCGGCUACCCCUGGGAAGGUGUCAACGAUCUGGACGCGGCCGUCACGUGCUAUCAAGGCAUUUCCUGUCUCCGACAACAGUGCAAACCAGACUGGAGAGUACAUUGUAUUAUUCUUGAGGGUGGAGUAAAGGUUAACAUUAUACCAGAGCGCGCGAGACUUCACGUGGGUGUCCGCGCGCCAAGUGACGAGGAAAUGUUUAUGUUGAAAGACAAAGUCAUGAACAUCAUCACGUCAGCGGCUACCAGCACAGGGUGUCAGGUCGAGCACAAACUGAUGAGCAAACCAUAUUCUUCAAUGUUGAGCAACGAAGUCAUGGUUGGGCUCUUUGAAAAAAACGUGUCACGUGUUCAACCGCCGGAAGUACCGACCCGACCCGGAAGUGUAUUCGGAUCCACGGAUAUGGGAAAUGUUGCGCAUGUGGUACCCAGUAUCCACCCAAACUUCCAUAUUGGCGGUAGAGCCGUCAACCACACCCGGGAUUUUACUGGAGAUGCUGGUUCACCCAUGGCACAAGAAUACACGCUACAAAUAAUGAAAGCACUUGCAAUGACAGCGAUAGAUAUUCUCACUGACCAAGAACGUCUACAAGAAAUAAAACAAGCGUUUGCCAAGAGCAUGUCCGUUUUCAACUAGCAGUUUUCAGUUUGUUGUUGCAAAUAUUCAUAAACUGUUCCUCAAAGUUUCUAUCUUCAAAUGCCAUAGGAACUUUGUGAAAUUUCAGUGAAAAUCUUCUAGAAUGUUGUUCUAAUUUAUAA